AACUUUUCUGAAUUGUUUUGUAUUCUUACCAGGGUUUUAUGAAGGGUCUCCCUUCCCCCAUGCGCACACCCUCUUCAUACACGACGCUAGGAACUGGUGUCGUCACAAGAUGGACCAUCUCAAUGCUCAGGGUCUCAUGUUUGCAUUUGCCAAUGCCAUUUCAAGAGCCAAACUUCAGUAUGGGGUUGAUGCUGCCAUUGACCUUGAGAAACCCAUCGUGACCCAAUGCAUCGUGUCAACAGGGGUCAAGUUCACCUUCAUGCAAGUACAGCUGAAUACUCUGAACAUGAACCCUGACGAAGGCAUCAAGAAUAUGGUGUGGGUUGAUGAAGGGAAUGAGAUGUACUCUGAUCAUUAUCCAGUGGUUUUCAAGAUAUACAAAGCCCAUGGCAGCAGACACACCAAGCCAGGUUACAUCAAGAAGAUGCAUCGCAGGGAUCCUGAUCUUGGAUGUAGAGACCUCGAUGUCAACGUCUUCAGGAAGUUUCUCGCUUGCUAUGUCAAUGGUGCUGUUUGACACACGGAAUAGAUACAUGUAGUACAGUCCGGGGCCUGGUUUUACCAAGAGUUGUGAUUGAUUCAAAUAUUCUAAAGUAAGGGAAUCCACCAAUGUCAUCAUUCUUCAUACAUGAAUUGUACACAGUAUCACUUGAAAACAAAGAUGAGCACCUUGAUUUGUCAAGGCUAUCAUGCAUGGAAAAGAUUUGGUAUUAAUCAUUUAGAAAACAGACACUUUCACGUUAGAUGUUGGUCUUGCUGAUCAUCCUUGUGAUUAAAUGGAUCAAUCACAACUCUUUGUACGAUGGGUGUGUCAUGAGACUUGUUCAGAAACAAAGCAAGAUAUGCACCUGUUUCUUAUUCAUGGUACUGAUAAUCUUGUUUAUAUAAAAGAGGAUCUUCCAUAAGUUGAAUAUUUGCCCAAGUCAAAGACAUACCGUAGACCAGGUUAUGCAGAACAUAAGUCUAUAAAAUGAUUUAUCCAAAUUUGAACAGAUUUAUGUGGUUCCAAUACAUUUGACUAGGGCAAAGUCAUCCAUUUUCAGAUGUUACUGGGCAAUAUGCCGAUUGUAGACCAAUUCAUGACACGAUGAUUCCAUCAUGUCCUAAUGAGUUUAUGAUCUUGCCUAAGUCAUAUCAAUGACAUUGUUGUGUAAGAAAGGGUAGGAUAUUUAGAUCAAUAUAAAUUUGUAUUUAAACUCUACAAGUCAGGCCCCAUGAAUUGAGAUGAUAUUCAAGGUGAAUGUUACUAUUUUGCUUUCAGGUUUCUUAAACAUGCCUCCCCCAAAAAACAAAAGUUCAAGUUUUUAUGAUGAAUUUCGUUUCUGGUCAUGCAACAUAGAUAUAUGGUUAUUUCUUAUGACUUAAAUGCAAAAUUCUUAAGAAAAUUAUAUUGAUGGGAAAUUGUAUUAAAGCAAUUCUCUGCGACAUUA